AUGGCCACGAAAGCGCUUGCCCAGUGGGCAGUCAACCUCACGACAAUGCCGUCUUCUACGCGAGCAGCAGCAGUGAGAUCACUCUACAACUACAUCGGCGUCGCCAUUGGAGGUUCCAACCACCCAGCUGUGAGGAAGGCAUACCUGGCUCUGUCCCCGCUAUUUGGCAGACCAACAUCGAGUCUUCUGGGAGCGCAAGACUCCUUCAGCAACUCAUCUAGAGCUGAUCCAGAACAUGCUUCUUUGUUGAACGGGAUAGCUUCUCAUGUACACGACUUUGAUGACACCCAUCUGGCAACCAUCAUCCAUCCGACAGGCCCAGUAGCUUCUGCGGUAUUGGCAUGGGCCGAACACCAGGGCCGGGUUAGUGGUGACGAAUUACUGCUGGUGCUCGUAGCCGGCAUCGAGGCGAGCUGUAAACUUGGGCUCUCGGUUUGGCCCGGCCAUUACGACAUUGGGUGGCACAUCACUUCCACCACGGGAGCGGUGGGAGCUGCAGUGGGCGUGGGGAAGCUCAUGGGGCUAACGGAGGUUCAAAUGGCACAUGCCAUUGGCCUCGCCGCUGUUCAAGUCACCGGGCUCCGCGAGAUGUUCGGAAGUGAUACCAAGUCAUUCCACCCUGGCCGAGCCGCCUCCAACGGAUUGUUAGCGGCGCUGCUGGCUCGAGGUGCCUAUACCAGCUCCAGUUCAGCUCUCGAAGCGAAGCGGGGAUGGGCCAAUGUGGUCGCAGGAGGCAGUACACCACGACUGGAUGAGCUCGUUGCCACACUAGGGGAAAUGUGGGAAAUCGAAACCAACUCCUUCAAACCCUUUCCAUGCGGCAUUGUAUGCCACCCCGCCAUUGAUGCAGCAAUUCAAUGUCAUCACGAGAUAGCAAACUCGCACGAACUCUGCCUAUCCGACAUUGAGGCACUUGAACUGCUCGUCCAUCCGUUGGUGGUGGAAUUGACGUCGAAAGAUACCCCCAGAGACGGCUUGGAAGCGAAAUUCUCAGUCUUCCAUGGUUGUGCCGUGGGUCUUCUCUAUGGUCGAGCUGGGCCUGCAGAGUAUGCAGACGAUAUAGUUACAAGCAAGGAGGUGAUUUCAAUAAGGAACAAGGUUGGAAUCAUGGCAGAUACUACCUUGGGUGCCGACGAGGUACAUCUUAACAUGAAGCUCAAGAAUGGCGUUGUCCUAAAGAAGCAUAUUCUGCACGCCGUAGGGUCCCUUCAAGCGCCCAUGACGGAUGACCAGCUCACAACGAAGUUCCUGUGUGAAGCUUCACGUGUGCUGGGUAAGGACGGAGCAAAACGAGCCAGCAACGCGGCGUGGAAGAUCGGCGACCUUGAGGAUAUUGCAGAAGCGCUGCCCUUAUUUAAGCGAUAG